CAAUCUCAUUCACAUUCUCAACGCGGCUGCGAAACAUUAGUGACCGAGAGUGUGAUCGAGAUACGCGAGAGAACCCGCUAAUUUCACUUUCCAACUUUCUCUUGAACCAUUCUUGUUUGAACUAACCUUGUACAAUGUGUUUAUUGAGUGCCAGAAUUUGAUUAUCACUACAAUGACUGAAACUACAAAUUCUACUGUCAAUGGUAGUUCUAACAAUAUGGAUUUUGAACAUAGUAACCAGGAUCUCAUAAUUUUCAAUAAAAGAUCGAAAAAAAGAAAAUAUCUCAUAUCUGGAUUUAUAGUAGUAUUCUUUAUUAUACUGGCAGUGAUUGCCAUUAUUUUCUUUUCAAAAAAUGAUGAUGAUAUUAAAACUAGCAAACUUAAUAGUGUCGCAGCUGCGCUUACUUUAGAAGACUAUCUUAAUGGAAAGUUCCAACCUAGACCAUUUAAUGCAACAUGGACAGCAAAUGAUCAACUAAUAUACAGUGAUAAUGGCAACUUAGUCCUCCUGGAUUUAAGGACUAACACUUCUUCAAUGCUGCUUAACUCUACUGAUAGUAUUCUUCUUACUGCCUUUGACUUCAGACUCUCUGCAGACGGUCUCUAUUUAUUGGUGGCUCUAAACUACCAAAAGUUAUUUCGACAUAGCUUUAUCGCCAAUUACGUCAUUAUUGAGCUAAGUACAGGAGCAAAAAUGGAAGCAAUUAAAGACAAUUCACCUGCACAAUUAGUUGUUUGGUCACCAGUUGGUAACGGUUUUGUGUACGUCAAAGAAAAUAACAUUUAUUAUAAAGAAUCAGCCAAGAAUGAUAAAACUGUUCAAAUUACUUCAACAGUUGGAUACAUAUCGAACGGAGUUCCAGAUUGGGUUUACGAAGAGGAAGUGCUAAGUUCCAACACAGCGAUAUGGUUUUCAACUGAUGGCAAAAGAAUUGCGUAUGGUAGAUACAACGAUACGGAAGUACCUCUUAUGGUAAUACCAAUAUAUGGAGAACCCGGAAAGCUUAUAUUUCAAUAUCCCAGAGCAAAUGUUAUUAAAUAUCCAAAGAGUGGCACACAUAAUCCAGUUGUUAGCCUGCAUUACGUUAAUUUGGAAGAUACAAGCAUUACAUACGAGCUUAGUACACCCGACAAUUUUAGCAAGGAGAACAUCUUAUCUACAGUAGAAUGGGCUAACGAUGAUGUGGUAACAGCCAUUUGGAUGAACAGAAUACAAAACGAAGCAGUUAUUUUGGCAUACAAUACAACUACAACUUCACCCGUUACAACCACGAUAAAACAUUUGAAGUCAGAGCAUGGUUGGUUGGAACUAUUCACUCCACCUCUAUUUUCCAAAAACGGAGACAGUUUUGUAAUGAUCCUUUCUCAAGAUCAGGAGAACAACGCAGGAGGCUACAGGCAUAUUGUACUAUAUAAUGUAACCGAAAAUGCAGAAGCACAAGCGCUGACCUCAGGAAAAUUUGUUGUUACGGGCAUUGUGGGAUGGAAUUUUGAGAAAGACUUGAUAUACUACCUCGCAAACACAGAAGAAGAUUCUACAGUCCAACAUCUGUAUACGGUUUCUCCUCUUACAAAAAACGUGACAUGUUUGUCCUGUCAACUAAAAUCACAACAUAAUUCUUCUCUUCCUUGUUCUUAUAAUACAGCAGAUUUUAGCAAAAAUGGAUCUUUCUACGUGCUAACUUGCGCUGGUCCAGAUGUUCCACAAACAAUAAUUUUUGAUAAAAAUGACCAAAAAACACUUCUAUGGAAUGAAAACAAAGAACUUGCUGCAUAUUUACAGAAAAAACAACAUCCGAUAAUAAAGAAAAUGUCUUUCGAUAUAGCUGGUGGAUUUAAAGCUAACGUUAUGUUGCGACUUCCUCCAAAUAUGGACACCAGUGGACAAGUGAAGUAUCCAAUGUUGGUUAAUGUAUAUGGAGGACCAGAUACCUACCAAGUCAUAGACAAAUUCGCCUUAGACUGGGGUAGUUACUUGGCGGCCAAUAAAAGUGUGAUCUAUGCAGCUAUAGAUGCCCGAGGUUCUGGUUUACGUGGAGAUAAUCUGUUAUUUGCAGGAUACAGAAACUUGGGAACUGUUGAAGUUAUCGACCAAAUAAAUGUUACAAAGCUGUUGCAGAAAACAUUACCUUACGUUGAUUCCUCAAGAACCGCCAUUUGGGGCUGGAGUUAUGGAGGAUAUGCGUCCGGUAUGGCUCUGGCAACGGAUACCGAGGGUAUCUUCAAAUGUGCAAUAUCAGUAGCUCCUGUAACUGAUUGGACUCUAUAUGAUUCAAUUUACACUGAACGAUACAUGGGCCUUCCAACAAUGUCCGAUAAUUUUGCGGGAUAUCAAAAGGCACAAUUGCUUCGAAAGUACGAAGGGAUAAGAAACAAGAAGUAUUUUCUCAUACAUGGAACUCAUGAUGAUAACGUCCAUUACCAACAGUCAAUGUUAUGGUCAAAAAUACUCGAAUUCAAUGAUGUUUUAUUCAGGCAACAAAGCUAUCCUGAUGAAGAUCAUAGCUUAGGCUCAGUCCGUCCACACCUCUAUCACACAUUGGAAAGCUUUUUGGACGAUUGUUUUAUCAAAUCUGACAGUUAGGGACAAUGCAACUAUUUCAAUUACCAAGGCUGUUACCAUUAGAAUGAUUUUAUUGAAACAAUUUUUUAAAAUGUUCUAAAACCUAGAGCAAUAUUUGGACACCACCUAAAUUAUUAGCAUUGAUGCUAGAAAAUUUAUACAUCUACAGGGUGAUUCUUUCGGAGUUUCAGUUAGACAUUUUAGAGAAAUUUGACAUAAAUAUCUGAAAAAUCAGAGCUGCAUUCUUUAAGUUGAAGGAACUGUUAUAUGUGGAAUAUUAUGUUUAUAAGUAGUAUUAGUUUAGAGUAUUAUGUUGUGUAAAAAAUAUUACUUUGAGUCUGAAAAUUAGUUUAGUGAGAUGUUAUGUGUUCUCUACUCCAUUGUAUGGUGUCGAGUGUUGGACUUCAACGGAUAUACUUCUCAAGAAACUGGAAGCCUUUGAAAUCAGGGUUUAUCGAAGAAUUUUACGAAUAAGUUGGGUUGGUAGAGUUCGUAACGAAGUUGUUUUGCAUUGGAUAGGAAAAGUUACGGAAGUCGUCAGAACAGUUAAAAAUCGAAAACUUAAAUAUUUUGGCCAUGUUUUGCGCCACCCAUAUAGAUAUAAUAUACUCCAUUUAAUAAUACAAGGCAAGGUAGACCGAAGAAGAGGGCCAGGUCGAAGAAGAACGCCAUGGUUUAAAAACCCGAGAGAAUGGUUUAACAGAUAGUCUGCAUCUCUUUUCUGAGCUGCCGUCAACAACAUUACUAUAGCCAAUUUGAUAGCCAACGCUCGAUAAUCGAUCACGGCACAUAAAGAAAAACAGGUCAGAACAUUUAGGAUGAGAGGUUUUUAAACAUGCUCAAUUAUUUUAAAAUAUUUAGAGCCUCCUAGCACUUUCAGUAUACCGGAAGUUGUCUAAAUCAUACCCAUAUAAACCCAUUUUGAUAGAGCUGCCCUAAACUGCACUGGUGAUAGUGACUGAAAUUCAUCCCUAAUUAUUUUCAUGGUGCCUUCUUUGUGUAAUAAAUCCCCAAAUGAAAUAAACUAAAGGGGAUAAAUCAGGAAAACGUGUUUCUCUAAAACGUUCUAAUUGAAUCUCCCUGCAUAUUAAUGAUUUAAGCAGCAAAUAUAUAAUUUUUGUAAAAUAAUAUAAUGUUUUUUUCUAUAUCCAGCGGCGUAGCUUGGAAAAGUAAGUAAGGAAUGCGAACAAAAAUUGCCAAAAUAUUGUAUACUAAAAGAGUUACCAACACAAAUUUAUAGAUUGACGAAAAAGAUAUAGAUGUUCAAACCUCAUUCUGUAUUUUAUUUAUAUCUAUAGAGCAAAAUCAUUUAUGGCAGAAUUUUGGAGUACGCCCCUGGAAAUACUUUAUAAAUAAGAAUGUUUUAAACUUUUGUAAAAUAUAUUUAUUUCUUAAAUAGUA